AAGGAGCGAGCAGCGCAACAGGGGCGGCUCUUUCCUGGGCGGGGUUUGUAAAGUCGUGGUCCGUUAGCAGGAAGCGGAGCAGUCGUCCGACGUUAGAGUGGGAUCUAGUCUCAAAACCCGGUUCUCCAGAGUCGUUGUCAAAGUGUACUGCGCAUUCAGAGCACCCGGACCUUUCCUAGCCAAACUUAAGCAACUUCCGUGCCUUUGCCGCCACCAUGCCGAAGACGAUCAGUGUGCGUGUAACCACCAUGGAUGCGGAGCUGGAGUUUGCCAUUCAGCCCAACACCACUGGCAAGCAGCUGUUUGACCAGGUGGUGAAAACUAUUGGCUUAAGGGAAGUUUGGUUCUUUGGGCUGCAGUACCAGGACACAAAAGCUUUCUCUACUUGGCUGAAACUCAAUAAGAAGGUGACUGCACAGGAUGUGCGGAAGGAAAGCCCGUUGCUCUUCAAGUUCCGGGCCAAGUUCUACCCAGAGGAUGUAUCUGAAGAACUGAUCCAGGAUAUCACCCAGCGCCUGUUCUUUCUGCAAGUAAAGGAGGGCAUUCUCAAUGAUGACAUUUAUUGCCCACCUGAAACUGCUGUGCUGUUGGCGUCCUAUGCCGUCCAGUCUAAAUACGGUGACUUCAAUAAGGAAGUGCACAAGUCUGGCUACCUGGCUGGAGAGAAGUUGCUGCCCCAGAGAGUCUUGGAGCAGCACAAACUCAACAAGGACCAGUGGGAAGAGAGGAUCCAGGUGUGGCAUGAGGAACACCGGGGCAUGCUCAGGGAAGAUGCUGUCCUGGAAUACCUCAAGAUUGCUCAAGACCUGGAGAUGUAUGGUGUGAACUAUUUCAGCAUCAAGAACAAGAAAGGCUCAGAGCUAUGGCUAGGUGUGGAUGCCUUAGGUCUUAACAUCUAUGAGCAGAAUGACAGACUGACUCCUAAGAUUGGCUUCCCUUGGAGUGAAAUCAGGAAUAUUUCCUUCAAUGAUAAGAAAUUUGUCAUCAAGCCUAUUGACAAAAAAGCUCCGGACUUUGUGUUCUAUGCUCCCCGGCUUCGGAUUAACAAGAGGAUCUUGGCCCUGUGCAUGGGGAAUCAUGAGCUGUACAUGCGUCGGCGUAAGCCUGACACCAUCGAGGUGCAGCAGAUGAAGGCACAGGCCCGGGAAGAGAAGCACCAGAAGCAGAUGGAACGUGCUCUACUGGAAAAUGAGAAGAAGAAGCGUGAGCUGGCUGAAAAAGAGAAGGAGAAGAUUGAACGGGAGAAGGAAGAGCUGAUGGAGAAGCUGAAGCAGAUUGAGGAGCAGACUAAGAAGGCUCAGCAAGAACUGGAAGAACAGACCCGCAGAGCCCUAGAACUUGAGCAGGAACGGAAACGUGCCCAGAGUGAGGCUGAAAAGCUGGCCAAGGAGCGUCAAGAAGCUGAAGAGGCCAAGGAGGCCCUCCUUCAGGCUUCUCGGGACCAGAAGAAGACCCAGGAACAGCUGGCUUCAGAAAUGGCAGAGCUGACAGCACGGAUCUCUCAGUUGGAAAUGGCUAGAAAGAAGAAGGAGAGUGAGGCUGUGGAAUGGCAGCAAAAGGCCCAGAUGGUCCAGGAAGACUUGGAGAAGACUCGUGCUGAGCUGAAGACUGCCAUGAGUACACCUCAUGUGGCAGAGCCUGCUGAGAAUGAACAGGACGAACAGGAUGAGAAUGGGGCAGAGGCCAGUGCUGACCUGCGGGCUGAUGCUAUGGCCAAGGACCGUAGUGAGGAGGAACGUACUACUGAGGCUGAGAAGAAUGAGCGUGUGCAGAAGCAUCUUAAGGCUCUUACUUCAGAGUUGGCCAAUGCCCGAGAUGAGUCCAAGAAGACUGCCAAUGAUAUGAUCCAUGCUGAGAACAUGCGGCUGGGACGAGACAAAUACAAGACCUUGCGCCAGAUCCGGCAGGGCAAUACCAAACAGCGCAUUGAUGAAUUUGAGUCCAUGUAGUGGGCAUUCAGCCUCUAGGGACCCCUCCUCUUCCUUCUUCUUUCUUGUCCCCACACUCCCAUAGUUUUGCCUAACUAACACUGUGCAGGAGCCACUAACUAGACAAGCCUUGGAGCCAUGUCAAGCAUUUAGUAUAGCCAUGGGACCAAAUUUAACCCUUCAGUUUUCAUAUCUUUGGGCAAACAAAUGGCCCACUGUGGUGCCAAUGGAAUCUCCUUUUCCUUCUUUGACACGUUCAGCCUAGCUUCCUAGAAUAGACCAUUUCCCCUGCUUACAGGCACAUUCCUUUUGAUUUGACAAGCACCUCCACACACACAUACACACAUGCUGUUGUCAUCUGGGACUGAAACGUGAAGUAGGUUAAUGCUAGCUUUCAUCCCUUGCCUUAUUAUUUCAAGUCCUGUGAUUAGCAAUGUUGGGGUAUUAUAUGGUUUAGGGAUAGAGAAAGGGCCUUGGCUAUAUCACUUUAGUAUGUCAACUGACCUAUGAUUUGACCCUUUUACAGGUAUUUAGGCUUUGCAAUGAUCAGAGGGUAAAGACAUGUUUAAUCAUUAUUUCUUCUACCUCCUGUGUUGGGCCUAUUAUAACUCCAGUCCCACUGUGCCUUGUCCCUGUGUUUAGGGACUCAGUUUCUAUUCAAGGAGGAAUGAAAGUAUGAAGGAAACAGUACAUUCAAGAGAUGGACUAAUAACAUAGAAAGACCCCUGCCCCAGUGCAUCUUGGGAGCCUUUCUUCUAUUGAGUGAGGUACCCUCAUCUUAGUCUAUGUUCUUGGUUCCUUCUUUAAAUCUGUCUAUGCUCUUUCCAGUCUCCAGAUAUAUUCCAGCUAGGACAGAGAGGUUGAGCACCUUCAAACCUAGACAGUUGCAUCUAAACCUAUUGCCACAAAGGAAGAAACAUUUAUGUCUGGCUUUAGUAUUUUCCAUGCCAGGAGUUCUAAACUACUUCCCUAGAGCUAAUUGGCCCACUCUUCCUGCUUCAUGGAUACACAAUGUGUUGAGUAAGUGUACCCUUUGUUUCUCAGUCACCUGGUAAUCCUUCAUCUUACCCAGUCCAAAGUGGUGAGUGGGCCCUGCUUCUGAAGAAUCUCCAAACCAGGUCUAUCACUAGUUGUGCUGUUGCUUGGAGCUACAUACAGAAAUCUUCUGUGUAUUCUAGCCUUGUUCCAUCACACUCCACUCCCCUUUGUAGCAGCUGCUUUCUCUUUUUUCUCACAUGUAUGCUCUUUUAAUAUUUACCAGUAUUAUAUAUUCUAGUGAUAUCUAACAAUAUUGAUUUCUACCUUUUUUGCUAAUGCACUAUUAGAGACAGUCUUGGGGCAGGACUAUUUCAGCUUCAUUAUUUUUACUAUUCCCCCACCCCACAUCUGAGAAGUAUAUACUGUAUCAAAAAUGAUAUUUUGCCAAAAAACAUUAUGUAAGAAGAUUUCAGUAUUAGUGAUUUACCUGUCACUAUAGGUCAUACAGUCCAUUUGAAACAUACUUAGUAUUUGGUUUUAUUGUUCUUGUUUGCCUUUUCUCCAGGGUUCAAUACCAAAAGGCUGUGUUGUCCCUCCAUGCAGUACCUUUAGCCCAGAGCCUCCCUCAGCCCAUGCCAUUUCUACUUAACCUUGGGGACUCUUAUAUGCAUUGCUGUGAAUUAUAUUGAUACUUGGUGAGCUGCCCUAUGUUUGCUAAAUUCAAACCUGGAAUUGUGGGGGCAAGCUAGCUGCAUUAAGGGCAAUAACCCACCUCCACAGAGGCUGAGGAGAAGGUUAGAAUUUAUAUUCAGUUUUUUUGUGUGUGUAUUUUUGUUUUUUAAAUAAUUGUUUUGGAGGGGUUUGUGCUCAAUCUUUGUUCUAUUUCAGUGCCAAUAAAAUUUAGGAAGACUUCA